GACAGGGACCCUAAAUAAUUUUAAAACAUUCCAUUGUCAUGUUGUAUUCUUCAUAUUUUAUUGUACAGUUGAUGAAUAAAUUUUUUUAAUUUAUUAUAUAAUUUGGUCAUGCAUUUAACAAAUGUCAAAACACAAAAAAUUGUAAUACGUUCCUGUAUCAAGUAGAACACUAAACCGCGAUAACAUUCCUUGCAAAAUAAAAACUGAUGACAUGUCUAACACGUUGCAUUUAUUUUUAUUAUUGCCUCCCAAAACAGCAUUUUCCUUAUCAAAUUGAUAAGUGCGUGAGUGUCUUAAAAUGGAACCUGGAGCAGUCAAUAACGCGCCAGGGGAUGGCAAUUUCAAAAUGCCAACGUUGGAAGAGCUAUUAGAAGCUUUGCAAAAUAUGGAAGGCAUCCCAGAGGAAGAAAAAGAAAAACUGAGAGACAACUUGAUCGCACGCGCCAAUGAAGCAAAACCUGGAUUCAUGCCUCCAAUGAACGGUCCCACUUUUGGAACUGCUCCAGACUUAGCAAUUCUUUUCGGUUUGAUAACCGUUGUCGGUUUAAUUUUCGAAAGUAAAUUCGGUUGUUGCUUGUUAAGUGGCAAUAAAGUGUGGCCUAAAAUGGCAAAUUUGAAUGAAAUAAAAAAAAAUAAUCUUGACGUUGACGAACUUUCGGAGAAGAUAAAAAAUGUGGCCAAUGCUUUGAAAGAAGAAUUCGGGGAUGAUUUUAAAGACAAAUUGGGACAACUUCUCCAAACGAGAGUUAACUAUUAUGCUCACGCUUUCAUUUUUUGUGUUGUGUUACUGGUUGUGAUUUUUGCAUUCUUUGGUUACAAACUGUACAAGUCAUUGACAGCGCGUGAAAAAAGAAAAGAGGAAAAACGUCGUCAGAAGCAACAAAAAAAGAAGAAAUGAAAUUACUGUAUUUUAUGCUUCAUUAAUAAAUUGAAUUAAUACGAUAA